CAGUAUCCGUCAUUAUCUCCACCAACCAGAAACAUUUUCUGGAUAUCUAAGUUUCACUUAAGAACAGUGUAUGUCUUGUAAAAUGCAUUGUUCCGUUAAUGUAAAUGCCCCCCUCGUUCCUCCUAUUCACUCUCUUAAAAACUCUUCAGGUUUUUCCAACUGAGCGAUUCUGAGGCGGGCGCAACCGCACUAGAGGGAAAGUCGUGCGGGACUGGCGCGAUAUCCUCGCACGGUUCACAACUAAAAGAAGACCUGACCCGCGUUUAAUCAUGAUUUUAAAUGAUGGAAGAUGCUGAUUUUAAAAGUUGACCAGGGAUUCCUAGUUGUGGGCUGUUUGCGAGGCAUGGCUUUCCUUUUAACUUGCUUGUUUCUGUCUUGUUACAGUGUGAGCAGUGUCUGGGGAAAUAAGCCCGCUGAUACCAAUAUUUAUUUGGAUAACAUCACGCGCAUAUUGGAUAGAUUACUGGAUGGCUAUGACAACAGGCUGCGACCCGGAUUUGGAGGUCCAGUCACAGAGGUCAAAACUGACAUUUUUGUCACCAGCUUUGGACCGGUUUCAGAUGUUGAGAUGGAAUACACCAUGGACGUGUUCUUCCGUCAGUCAUGGAUCGACGAACGACUGAAAUUCGAGGGCCCCAUUGAGAUCAUGCGGCUCAACAACCUGAUGGUCAGCAAGAUCUGGACGCCGGACACUUUUUUCCGGAAUGGCAAGAGGUCCAUCUCUCACAACAUGACCACCCCCAACAAGCUGUUUCGCAUCAUGCAGAACGGAACUAUCCUCUACACCAUGAGAUUAACUAUAAAUGCAGAGUGUCCCAUGCGUCUGAUGAACUUCCCGAUGGAUGGCCAUGCCUGCCCGCUCAAGUUUGGGAGUUAUGCUUACCCCAUCAGCGAGAUUGUGUACACUUGGAAGAAGGGCCCUCAGUCCUCUGUGGAAGUGCCCGAGGAAUCCUCCAGUCUGCUCCAGUACGACCUCAUCGGCCAGACAGUGUCAAGCGAGAGGCUAAAGUCCAACACAGGUGAAUAUGUCAUCAUGACAGUCCACUUCCACCUGCAAAGGAAAAUGGGAUUCUUCCUGAUUCAGACUUACAUUCCCUGUAUUAUGACUGUCAUCCUGGCCCAAGUGUCUUUCUGGAUUAAUAAGGAAUCCGUUCCAGCUCGGACUGUGUUUGGUAUCACCACGGUCCUCACCAUGACAACGCUCAGUAUCAGCGCUCGACACUCCCUCCCUAAAGUUUCUUACGCCACAGCCAUGGAUUGGUUCAUUGCCGUUUGUUUCGCCUUUGUAUUCUCCGCCCUGAUUGAGUUUGCAGCCGUGAAUUACUUCUCCACCCUGCAAGCUAACCGAGAGUUGAGGAAGGCAGCAGCCAUGAAGGUGGCGGCCCAGGAGGCAGCGGCUGCAGCAGCUACACCGACCUCAGCCACGGGGAUUGACGGAGAUCUUUCCUCAGUGGAUGCGAGCAAUGUGCUGAAGAAGAGGAUGAACUCUGCCCUUCUGUUUGAACGGCCUUCCAAAACAUUUCCCAACCCACCCGUCAAUGCCCAAGCCUUCCUGCAGCAGGGUUCGGCUGUACCAGACAACAACGUUCUGACCGGCACCAGCAUCAUUGACAAAUACUCCCGCAUCCUCUUCCCUCUUUCCUUUGGCGCCUUUAACCUGGUCUACUGGAUCGUCUAUCUCACUAAGGACACAAUGGAGAUGUCAAGGGACCUUGUUUAAGCCACAAGUUCGUCUUUCUGGAAAUCACACGCGCACACACUUUCACACACAUGCACGAGAAAACACACAUAUUUACACACAAUAAAAAGAUGACAGACCCUUGCCAAGCAUUCAUUUAUGCCACCUCAGUGCAUUGUAUUUCUUUUUAAGCACUCCCCUGGAAAGUGAGUGUUUUGAGAACAGAUGAUUCAGCUCCUAUUGCCAACAUGACCAAGGAGCUCAGAGCCCAAGGCUCUGGAAACAUUUCAAACAGGUACUGCAUCUCUCUGUCUUUACCUUUUGAUGUUUAUUUACCCCAAUAUUUAGAAAAACGUAUGACACUUUUUCACUCUCCAUCCUAUAUCCCCUGUCUGAGUGGACGGGACAAGUUGCAAUGGCCAAGCUAACUAGGCUGUAGAACCAGAGGUAGAUCUGUUACUUUGUUGUAUGUUUUAAUUGAUGUGUGCUUGCGACAAGCAUGCAGUUCCACACAUGAUAGUGAUUGUGCAUGUGUUUUUAAAAUGACACAUUCUUAUCCAUGACAUUUAGAGCACACUAGAGGGAAUGAGUGAACCCGUUGUCCUGACUGGAUCCAGUGUGACUGACUGAACUCAUUCCCCACAACACUCGCUAUUUGUUGGUUCAUUGGCUUAAUUUCCCUUCACUGAUGGGAGUACAAGGGAUGUGAGGCAAAAUCUUCAAAGGGGUUUUAUGAUGUGUUCCACGAAUACAUUGGCCUGGCUGAAUCUAUACUGCCACAUGCAAAUAAUGACAGUGAAAUGUGAUGUAUAAUGACGAAAUAUAUAGACAACUAAACAUGCACACGUGCAACUCGCUUAACUCCCUUUCCAUGAUUUCCUGUGUCUUGAAAUACCUUCAGACAGAAAUUAACAAAAGAUAUGCACGCUGUAUUAAAAGCUCCCACAUCUUAAUUGUGCAACGUUUCGAUAUAACACAGAUCUUCCUCAGGCAUUGUCAGAUUAGAUUUCUGGAAGCCUUUUAAUACAAUGUGCAGAUCUUUGUCUUAUUCUUGCCUAGUUGGAUUUUUUGGUCCAGCACCUGUAAAUGUUUUCAGGAAGUGCUGACAACCUGUUUAUCUACAGUAUAGACAGAAAUAAACUUUCAAACCUCACGGCAUGAUUAAAUGACUAUCAUAGAAUAGCUCGUUUCAGCUCAAAACUGUAAUCAAUCUGGUAUCGCAAAUGUCUUUUUUUACAGAAGACACAGUACCUGACUUUAGGAACACUAGGAAAAAUGGUUCUUAAAACACAUUUUCUAGUUUAAGUGCGCCAAAUGUAUGUAGUGUAACUGUUACGUCCCCCUCUAAGAAUGUAAACACAAUGGAAAUAGUGGGGGAAACAUAACACACAGUAAACCCACUACAGUGAACCCACUACUGCAGAAAUACUUAUUAGUAUUUCAUCCAGUAACCUGUAACCUGUAUCCUGGCAACAGCCAAUCUUACCCCAGAGAAGAUUUAAGCCUUUAUACGCUAACAUUGUGAUCCUUUUCAUUUUUAUUGUAACUAUUUAUUGUAGUGUUGUUAAUUGAAGUAAAAAGGUUUCUUCUACUGGUUGCCAAUUAUUUUCUUGAUGACAGCUCUGGGAUCGUUUUCAUUUAAAGAACCGGCAAAAAUAGAAUCCUAAACCUAUCAUCAUCAAUUACACAACAUGCCAAAACAUAUUCAUAAUAAUCUACUUGUGUGGAUUUGCAUAUUAUUAUGCAUAUUUUCCAAUUAAGUAGAGAUGGUGACAUGUUAAACCCAUGUGGUGUCUAAAUAUAAGCUCAUGUGUGUUUGCUUCCUCAUAACAUCCAUCAUCCAAGAGGAUGUUCUUAUUAAAGGUGUCUCUUAUUAACACUGGCACCGAUUGAGAUAGAAAACCUGCACACGGUGCCAAAAGAUGAAAGUAGUCUUGAAAAACGGUACAGCUACUUUUUUUUUUUUAUCAGUGGAUAUUCGAUUCUGAAAAUGGUCAAUUCACACAAACGUUAUGUUAAAACAAACUCAACAAUUAGUGUAAAUUAACCCUGUGUUCUUAUUCAGUCUUGCACAUACUGCCCUACAAGUAAUUGUACAAGAACCUGGUUCUUUAAUAUUGUGUUAGGAUUGUUUGUCCACUUCGAUUUUGUUGUAAUUAUGUAUAUCUGUUAUGAGCCCUUUCAUUUGUGAACAGACAAGCAUGGUAUAGCUAAUUUAACAAUACUGAUCGAAUGAAUUAACAAUGCAUGAUUAAAGCAUCAUUAACAUGAACACGUUUUUAUAGAAAACAAAUAUGCAAUGUUAUAUAAAAUAUAAGACAAUAUAGACCAUAUUGUUGAAUCUUUCAUGAACUGGUUGCAAAUGAGCAACUCUAUUGCCAGAAGAGGCAAUUCAGCCAAACCCUUGAAUUACAAUCCUGUGCCAUGGAUAUUAAAAAUGUUGCUUCCUACAAUAUCUGUACAUUACAACUAUGGUAUAGCUGAAGUAGAUUAAGGGUCAGGCUAAUAGCACAUAAAAAGGCAAACUCCGGGAUGAAAAACUGAUGUAAUAGGACUGACUACUUUUGUACUUUAAAUCAGCUCAGUUGGCGUUGAAAAGACGUCCAACCAUGGCCUGGUGUCAAUUAUGGAGUGCCAAUGAUUGGUUCAUUUUAAGGUCUGUUGUUGCAUGUUCUUCUUCUCUUCAAAAUGCACACCAAAGGAUAAGAAUAACAAUGGUGUCAGGCUGUAUGAACUGUUUUUGUAUCCUCCCUUUUUCUCUACUUCAUUCAUCACCCUCAUCCCCUCUGUCUUUGAGGCCGAGGCUGAUAAGACGGGGCAUUUCAGCCCCAUUGCCCUGUAUGUCAGGCCCCAGCCUGUGAACUCGGACUGCAACACAACUGCUGGCUUAACCCCAGCGGAGCCUCAGAACAUCGUCGACCCCCCGCCUCCAGUGAGGACUCAGUGUGUUGCUGGUAGAAUCAACUUUUGUGUAAUAGUUGCACAUAAAUAAACUGCAGUGAGAGGGUGUGUAUGGAUGUGUGUGCACAGGAGUGUGUGUGUGUUGUAUAUGAUUGAGCUUGUUUGCUUUUAUCAGUGACCUGAAUAAUCGGAUUUCUGACCCCAGCCCAGCUACUCAGCUCCAUCUCACCACCACACUUUUGCAUGACUACCAACUCUUUAUACGUGGUAGGCCCUGACACACCAAACUGACACCAAAGAACACGUCCCAACGGAACACGACUGUUGUGUUGCCUCACGUCUCCUGCGUCUUGGCCAAACAGUCACACUGGAACACACCGCAAAGACUUCAGCCGACGGCCAAGUAGCACGUACGCACUACGCAUGUGGCAAUAACUCUCCUUACCAGCAGGCUGCGGUAGGUAGUGUGUAUUCGUCAUUCAAAAGAGGCACCCGGAAGACAGACUGCGUGAUAUACAAACAACAAAUAGCGUGUGUGUUCCAUUUUCACUCUCGUCCAUCGAAAACAUGUUUAGUGCGGUACUGGCGGUAUCAGCCCUUGGACUGUUGCUUGUGGAAGCAGAUAGCAAGAAGAGACAAAUAAUAGCCGUCUGAUGUUUGCCUUCUUAAUCGUUUGUUUGCGUACCUCACUUCCGUUUCGCUUCUCAUGCACUGAUUCGCUAAGCUGAACAGCCAAUCAGAGUGAUUUCUUUUGCCGACAGCCUCCGCUGCCGAUUCAACUUGGUCAAUCGGCAGCGGAAGGUGUCGGCACGGCCGAAAAGACACGACGGUGCGGGACACAGCAAUCUGAGUAGGGCGACAGGACGCUCAUCGACGGCCAGACAUCUAUCGAUGGCCGAAAUCGGCUUGGUGUGUCAGGGCCCGAGUUGUUGAAUGUUGAAGGUUAUGUAGAAGCUACAUAUAAUAUAGAAAUAUAAUGCCAUGGUGAUGGUGGCCAUGAACUGCCCUUUAGACAUUAUGUUUCAUUCUACAGGCAUGGGCUUUAUUGGGCUCUUUCAUUUAGCCAGCGUUAAUCUAUUUUUAUUUGUUUUACUUGUACACUUGCCUGAAAAUUGUUGACACAAUUUAGAAGACAAUGAAUGCUCUACAUUGUUAUUUUAUGUGUAUAUUUUGUAUUUCUGUAAGUUUCUAUUUGUAUGCAAACUGUAUGACCCUGCUUGAUGACCAGAUGCACUGCAUCGACUAUUUGUACUGGUUUGAAUGACAGACCAACAACUUUUGUAUUUAUAGCUGUUUAGUUCAUCCACAUGUGUUCCUUGUACACAUUGCUCUCCAUUAGUGUUCAUUGUCAUCAGGAAGGCCUGUUUUUAUUGCAACUUAAAACAAUAUUUGCAUAUUCAGGUCUCUAGUCCCCUGUUAAUAAAUGAACUCCUACACACCUUUCCCAGAAGAUUGUAUAUUACUAUGUUCAAUAAAGCCAGAUUAUGUACA